AAAAAGUUGUUAGAAGUGGGAAUGUGAGAAAACCAUUGACAGAUGUGACAGUGAUUCUGCUUUUUUAAGAGAAAUGUUUCUUUGUAAGUAUAGGAUGGACAAUGAUAAUAAUGUGGAAAAGAACUAAACAAAACAGCAUUGUCUAAGCCAGCUGCAUCUCUGUCGGUACUACAACAAGAUGGUUAUCAAAGAGGAACUGAGGCGCCGUCGUUUUUGGCGUUCAGUUUUGGCAGAGGCUCUAGGAACUUUUAUGCUGGUAUCUGUCGUGCUGGGGGCAUCCUGUUUGGCUCUAGGAACACUACAUUCACACUCUCUGGAACCAGCACUAGCAGCAGGACUAUCAGCUGUUAGCUUGGUGCAAUGUUUUGGAGAUAUCAGUGGCGCUCAGCUAAAUCCGGCUAUCACAUCUGCUCUAGUGUGUGCUCGGAAAUUGGACCUGCUGCAUGGAGUGGCCUUUGCAUUGGCUCAAUGUCUUGGUGCCAUAUGUUCUUCUGCCAUUUUCUAUAUAUCUGUUCCAACAGCCAUCAGCAAUCAGCUGGUCACCAGUGUGAGCAGUCACAGUAAUGCUGCACAGGCGCUGGGUAUGGAAGUUUUCUCAACUUUCCAGCUGGCAUUUACGAUCUUUGCUGUGGAUGAUCGACGGCGUAGAGAUACUACAGAGCCAGUUAGUCUUGCCAUUGGCUUCUCUGUCACUGCAGGGAGUCUAGCAGCGGGACAUUUUUCAGGUGGCAGUAUGAACCCAGCACGAUCAUUAGGACCAGCAGUGGUUACAGGAAUUUGGGACAAUCAUUGGGUAUAUUGGAUAGGUCCUAUACUUGGUGCAUUUCUUGCUGGUGCUUCUUAUGAGUUCUUCUUUGCUUCAAGUGCUUCACGUGAGAAACUGGUUGCCUGCCUCACCUGUAAGGACAUUGAAAUAGUGGAAACAGCAAGUGUAUCACGCUCUUCCCUCUCUACGGCCACUCAAACAGCAGCACGUACCCAGCAAUCUGACCGCAAACAGGAGCGGACCUAACCAAAUAUCUUGCUUUCAGAACAAUUGGCUUAAAUGCAGCAUUAUAAACAACUAUUGGUCAAAAGAAAGCUAUAGUUAUAUUUAUGUAGCAAUUAAAAAAGCCAAUCAAAUCCAAC